CGUUUGAGGUCGGUAACAUACGUUCCAUCAACGUUACAGACAUUCCGCGCCCGCUGCAUGUUCUAUUUUCCUCCCUCUCUCAAUCCACCAUCAAAGCAUGUCGACGACAAUUAGCAUGCGGUCCAUGUCAUGCUCCACCUCCCCCCGCGGCAUCGCCGCCGUCAUCGGCGUCGGCCCCAAGCUCGGCCGCUCCGUCGCCAGCAAGUUCGCUCACGAAGGCUACACCGUCGCCAUUCUGGCCCGCGACCUCGGUAAGCUAUCUGCGUUGGCGGAGGAGAUCGCCUGCGAGGCGAAGGCGCAGGUGUUUGCCAUCCGCAUCGACUGUUCCGACUCCAAGUCGGUCCGCGAGGCCUUCGAGGUGGUGCUCUCCCUCGGCUUCCUCGAAGUGCUGGUGUUCAAUGCAUGCGAGCCGCCCGUCUCCAGCCCACCCAUCAGUUUCACGGCCGUCACCGCCCAAUCCUUCGAGCGCUCCCUCUCCGUCUCCGCUGUCGGAGCCUUCCACUGCGCCCAACAUGUGAUUCCCGGCAUGGUGGAGAGGCGCAGAGGCACCAUAAUCUUCACCGGUUCUUCCGCCUCGCUUAUUGGAUUUGCAGGCUACUGCGAGCUAAGCUGUGGUAAAUUUGCUCUGAGGGGAUUGUCUCAAUGCCUUGCGAGAGAGUUCCAAUCGUCUGGAAUUCACGUCACGCAUGUCAUCAUCGACGGGGUUAUUGGUUCUCCAAGAUCGUCAAUUGGAGAACAGAACACAACGUUGGAUCCAGAUGCAUUAGCACAAACUUACUGGCACAUCCAUACGCAGAAGAAGGGCGCAUGGACGCAGGAGAUCGACCUGCGAGCGUCCGUUGACAGGCCUCUGUAGGUUACAUGAUUCAUCAUCAUUUAUCCAUUUAUUGUUACCUGCAAAAGAAAAAUGGUUAAUAUUAUGAUUCUUUGAAUCUAUGUACCAAUCAUUGCUGGGCCCAUGGGAUAAUAUGAGUGCAGGAAAGGAGACAACAUGGAAAAUGUGGAGUGUAUGGAUGUGAGGGACGAGUCGUGUCAUUGCCGAGUGCACAUGAAGUGUACUGGGGAACGUAUGUCGUGUAGUGAACUAGUGAUUUUGUUUUUACCAGGGUGCUUGUGGUUAGAUUUUAGAAUUGUCACUGAAGAUUAA